AUGGCUGAUCAAGAAACCCAACUCAAACCUAUCAGACCUUCAAGUCUAGAUCAACAUCCAUCAGAUUCAUCCAAUCAGAUUCCAUUAACUCCAAGUCGUCUUAGAAAUCGCACAACAACUAAUGAUUCAGCUACUUCAGAACACUCUAAUCCAAAAGAAACACCAUCCAAUCUCACUGUAGUUACCCCAGCCCCUCAACCCUUACCCACGAAGAAAGCCAAAACAGGUGGCAGGAAAUCAACCAAAGCUUCUGCUGCUAAUUCGAAUGGAGCAAGAAGGUCUUCAUUGAAUUCAAAGAAAGAAAAACGGGAGCGAAAGGCUGCAGAGCAAGUCUUACAAACCACCGAAUUGGAUCCUUCUUCUCCAACAUUUCAGCAUCUAAACCCUUCGUCAGCCAAACCGGUUUCGAAUAACGAUGGCGACGCGCCUAUUGAGGAGAAUGCGGAUCAAGAACAAAGUGGAUCAGCGGUGACACGAUGUGUAUGCUGUGAGGAUGAUGAAGAAGCAAAUGAUGUGAUCAUGUUUCAAUGUGACAAAUGUUCAGUCUGGCAACACGGACCAUGUGUUGGUCUCUAUGCUGAAUUCCCGGGUGAUUACUUUUGUGAACUGUGUCGACCUGAUUUACACAUCACUGGGCAAUAUCAGAAAUCUUCACCUUCAAACGCAGCCCGCCCUAAGCGUUCACCAUCUCUUACCUCAGCUCCAGCCACUGCUACAAAUCGUCGUGAAAGGGUUCACACUGAUGCAGCUUCCUUGGCAGCUUUCUUGACUGAUGCAGGAGUCAAACCAGAAGACCAGGUUUCACUUGGAGGAUUUGCUCUUCCUAUAUUCGCUCAAACCCGGCGUCAAUCUAAUAUGCUUGUCGAUCUCACCCCUACUCCUGGUAUCAAUAAAACGCCACAUAAAGCUAGUCCAUACGAUGAAAAGACUGGUAAAAGAGCCAGUGGAAGUGAACGAAGUCCAAGUUUACCACAAGAGCAUUUGGCCGCUGAUCGCGAGUCUGUAACUAGUCCAGGGGAUUUACCGACCAAAGAAGGACAUAAAUCGAAACGGAAACGUCAAGCUGAAGAACUAGAAGAUAUUAAGAUAGAUAUGGAACCACAAGCUGAAGAAAAGACCAAACGACCUCGGAUCAGUCCUAGUAGUUCAGUAGUAUCUCCUGCUCUUUCCUUUUCGACAUUAGGUCUCAGCAGACAACAAGCUUCUAGUGCUGCAGCACCGGUGACUGGCCCGACAAGCGCCAAAACUAAGCGAUCCCGGAAAAACGAAGAAACGGACGAAUCAACCGGAACUGUUAAAACAAAAGCCUCUAAUCCUUUCUUGAACAAACAAUCGACCAGUAAUCCAUCAUAUCAAGCCACAAGUGGAUCUCAAACCACGACAAAUCAAACAACCGGGUACCAAAAACGAGGAUCACCAACAAAACGAACUCGAGAAGAAUCACGUAAAUCGAAAUUAACCGAAGUAAGAGAACCAACCCCAUCAGAAUCAAUAACCGGAUGGGGAUUACCGGAUCAUUUAGGAUACUUAUCAUAUUUAUUACCAACUUCAACACCAGAACCUAUUUGUUUAGAAGGAAAAAGUUUAGAAGCACCCACUAAAGUGAAAUUUCCUGGUAAAAGAGUCACGAUUGCAGAUUUAAAGAAGAGAUCAAAACAUAUUGUAGAUUAUUUACAAAAAGUUCAAAUUGAGACUUGUGAAAGAGAAAAAAGAAGUGAAUUAAUUCAAAAAGCUUUAAUAGGAAAUGGUAAUAGUAGUAGUAGCAAUAGUAAUAGGAGAAGUCCUGAAGAUGAAGAGGAUGGAAAAUUUGAUGGGAUUUCUAGACCGGUUGUUAGUUCUAAAACAUUAGAAUUAAUGGAUGAUCUAAGUAGAGAGGUAUAUCAUUGGCAAGAAAAGUAUAAACAAUGA